UCGCAGCUGGUCUUGCGUAUCGUAACAUGUUCCCAUGUGAUUUUGCAUGGGGAGCCGGAACUGCUGCUUAUCAAAUAGAAGGUGGUUGGGAUGCCGACAGCAAGGGACCGAGUAUCUGGGACACGUUUUGUCAUGGUGGAGGAGGCAGAGUGUUUGCAGAGCAGACUGGGGAUGUGGCUUGUAACAGCUAUGAGCUGUGGGAAAAAGACCUGCAGUGUAUCCGCCAGCUUGGACUGACACACUACCGUCUGUCUUUCUCCUGGGCCCGCCUGCUCCCUGGUGGGAACACACAGGAUGUCAAUCCAAAAGGUGUGCAAUACUACAACAAGGUGAUUGAUGAUUUGGUGGCCUGCAAUGUGUUACCCAUGGUCACCCUUUACCAUUUUGACUUGCCUCAAGCUCUCCAAGACCAAGGAGGCUGGCAAUCACCGGCUAUAGCAAACCUCUUCAACAGCUACGCCCAGUUCUGCUUCCAAACAUUUGGGGACCGCGUCAAACUGUGGAUCACCAUCAAUGAGCCUUAUGUAUGUGCUAAACUUGGCUAUGAACUUGGUAUCCACGCACCGGGGUUGGACGAGCCAGGUGUUGCUGCUUACUUGGUGGGCCAUAACAUGCUACGUGCCCAUGCAAUGGCCUGGCAUAGCUACAACUCCAUCUAUAGGUCAAAACAGAGAGGUGCCGUGUCCCUGGCCAUCAAUAGUGACUGGGCAGAGCCGUGUGACCCAGCAAACCCUGAAGAUGUUGCUGCUACCGAGCGUUACCUUGCAUUUACUCUUGGGUGGUUUGCCUGGCCAGUAUUUGUUUCGGGUGAUUAUCCACAAACAAUGAGGGCUGCCAUUGAUGUCCAAAGUAAGAGGCUGGGGUUCAGCGGUGGUUCACGACUGCCCAGUUUUUCCAAGGAUGACCCCACCAUUUUGGGCACAGCCGACUUCUUUGCGUUGAACCACUACACGUCUCGUAAAGUGAAGCCAAGAGGAGCAUUUGGACAGAUGUUAUGUAUGAAGAGGGACCAGGACACAGAAGAUGUUUUGGAUCCAUCCUGGCCUGUGUGUGGGGUGUCGUGGCUUGCUGUGGCGCCACAUGGCUUAAGAAAACUUCUCAAGUACAUUAAGGAGACUUUCAACAACCCUCCCGUCUACAUUACAGAAAGUGGCUUCUCUCAGGUGGGACCAGUGCAAAUUGAGGACGUUGAGCGCUGCACGUUUUACCAGAGCACCAUCCUGGAACUGGCUAAAGCUGUUGGAGAAGAUGGAGUCAAUGUGCGGGGGUAUUUUGCUUGGUCUCUCCUGGACAACUUUGAAUGGGCUGAUGGAUACAGUGUGCGUUUCGGAUUGUUCCAUGUGGACUUCUCCGAAGCGGAGCGAACUCGAACCAUAUACCGCUCUGGACGGGAGUAUGCACAGAUCAUCGCAAAACACAAAUCUCGGACCGGUCCGGUCGAUAGUAGCUAG